AUGAUGCUGACCUUCGUCAAGCGCCAGAACGUGAUCGGGACCGUGCGCGGGUCCGUCGCGGAGGAUAAGUCUUUGAAGAAGAGCAUGUCCUUCAAGCCCAAGUCUGAGAAGGACUCGGCAUUCCUGGUGUCGGCCUUGAAGAAGAAUCAGAAUUUGCAGACGUUGACAAAGAUAGACGAAGCGGCUUGCAAGUUACUAGCAGACGCGGCGUGGAAGAAGGACAUCCCGGCCGGCGAGAAAGUCAUCGAGCAGGGAGACGUCAAGGCCGACUAUUUCUACCUCGUGGAGAAAGGGUCGUUCGAAAUCUUCGUGGCCCCUCCUGCGGAGGAGGCCGACGACGAGACCUCGCCAUCCAACCUGCUGGCCAACGGGGAGUCGCGGACGGCCCCGGAGCCUCAGAAGGUCGGCGUGGUCGAGGCCGGAGGCUCCUUCGGCGAGCUAGCGCUGAUGUACAACGCGCCCCGCGCUGCGACGGUGAAGGCGAAGGCCAAGUCCGUCGUGUGGGUGAUCGACCGGGCAAACUUCAAGCGCAUGUUGAUGCAGGCGCACUGGGCACAGUCAGAGGCCUGA